UCUUGUCCAAAUGUAAUAAGGACUUCUAACCGUGUAACUGCGCUAUCAUUUCGAUUAUGCUCAUCCCGGUUAUGACGUUGACGACCGCUGUAGGUGUAUUGACAUAAAUAGAUUCGUGUCCGCGCGAUCCAUAAUCUUGAUUACGUACGCAUCCAAAGUUGCGUUCUGCAGUGUUUUCUUUGGCAAAAUUUUUGAUUAUCCGCAUAUUUUUUAAUGAAACACUGCCACCUUCCCGUCGCAGGCAGCCUGUCGCAUAGGGCACGCAAUAACCGUAGCUGGCUACCUAUAACUCCGUAUGACGCAUCGCUGCUUCAAUAUAAAGAAGAAGUGUAAUACCAUAAUUCAAUUACUUACAUUCGAUAUGAACCCCUUUGUGCUCACAAAUACAUUAGUAACGGGGUGAAGACAUUUAACUCUUUGUGUGAUAAAGUGAAAAGUUCAUGGGAUUUCCACAAUUUUCGUUGAAUUAUCCGAGUAAAGGUCAUUGUAAGCAAGUGAUGAGUCAAUAAGGUCCCGCGAUAUUUUGCACAAGCUGUAGACGGAAGCAAGAUGAAGUGGCGGUGUUAGAGCACACGAUCCGCACUCGCAACGAGCUGCAGCGCGCGGCGGGGGUUGAACUGGCAGCCACCUGCCACAUUUGCCUCAAGACCAAGUUUGCGGACGGCGUGGGACACUCCUGUCACUACUGCCGCGUGCGCUGCUGCGCAAGGUGCGGGGGGAAGGUCACUCUGCGAUCUAAUAAGGUUAUAUGGGUGUGCAUUCUCUGCCGUAAAAAACAAGAACUACUAUCGAAAACUGGACAAUGGAUUCACAAAAGUGCCGGUCACGAUGCCAUGUUAUGGCAGAUGGAAUCAGAUCUGAGAGGUUUACCACAACCGGACGCAUCACUCGAUAAAAGACCGAAGUUGGAAAGAGCGCACAGCGCGGCGGAGAAGGAGAACCUUCCGCUGCAGAGGAGCGGUAGCGCGCUGCGCAGGCAGUACAGCCAGCAGGAGGCGCGCUGCUACGGCGAGCUGGAGGGGCUGGCGCGCACGCACCCGCACCUCGUGCACCCGCGCCAGAAGGCGGCCUACGGCGUGGAGGAGGCGGGCGCCACGCUGCUGCCGCACGGCGCCGCGUUGGGCUCGCUGGCCGCGCUCGCGCCGCACCCGCCGCUGCCGCCGCGCUCCUCUUCCUCCGACGACGAGGUGCCCGAGUGUGUCUCCGACGAGAACGACGAGUACCGCGACCGCGGACAACUUGAGGCGUGUGCAGGCAUCAGGAAUCCGCACCUGCGCAGUGCCAGCGUGGUCGCCAACAAUUAUUACAAUUUGACCAAUCAUUCGCCGGCCGCAUUCGAGGCGGAGGCUCGCGGCUCAUUCGGUGCGUCGAGGGCUCCCACCGGCGGGCGCAGUUUCGAUUCUGUGACUGAUUGCCGCUGGCGCGCGCGAGACGACGGCGAAGGCGCGUACCUGCGGCCGUACGCGCCAGACGAGGGCCCGCGAACCGACCGAGCGGUGUAUAAGAGUGCCUAUUUGUGGGAAGACUCCUCUGACAACCGACGAUUUACCGAAAGAAGAAAAAAAACGGUGCGCUUCGAUGGGCACGAAGGCGCCGCGACGUUCCCGCGGGGCGGUCGUGACGCGUCCGGCGCGCCACACGACUGGGCGUCGUUGCGCUGGGAGUCUGAGCGACAAACCAGCCAAGACUCCGCCACCAAAGACUCUGGCAUCGAUACCUCUAGCACGUUCACCUCCAGCGAAGACUCAAACAGGGGCGAUUGCCCUAAGUUCCCGCUGAGCUGGCAGGUGUCGGCGGACGGGUCGCGCAUGGUGGGACACAUGGUACUGCGCAAGAGCGUGGUGGAGGGAGGCGGGCACUCGUCGGCGGCCAUCCUCGGCCUGAAGGUGGGCGGCGGGAAGCUGCUGCCGGACGGCACUCGCGGAGCCGUCGUCGAGAAGGUCAAGAAAGGCUCCAUUGCGGAUCUUGAAGGCAAUCUCCGAAUAGGUGACGAGGUGAUGCAGUGGAACGGGGUGCCACUACAGGGCAGGUCAGCGGAGGAAGUAGCCGCGGUGGUGGCGGACAGCAAGCACGACUCACACGUGGAGCUGGUGGUCUCACGCCCCGUGGCCCCGGCCAGGCACCCCGUCCAGCCCUGGCGGACUCAUAAAGAAGUGUACACGGAGGUGAUGGGUGGGUGCGAGAAGCCGAGCGUGCUGGUGACGUCACCGGGCUCGCCGGACGUGCAUGCGCGCCGGCGCCCGCGCCACGGGCACAACGCCAACGUGGCCGGGAGGAUACAGUUGAAAGUGUACUUCGACAUCAGCGCCCUUCAGUUGCUGGUAACCAUCGUAUCAGCGAGUGGCCUGAACCCUCGCGCUGACGGCUCCCCGCGCUGCCCGUACGCCAAGAUCUUCCUCCUCCCAGACAAGAGCGAAAAAAGCAAGCGUCGAACGAAAACGCUCGCAAACACCCUCGAGCCGCGGUGGAAUCAGACCUUCGUGUACUGCGGCAUUAGAAUUACCGACAUUAAGAAACGGACUUUAGAGGUGACGGUUUGGGACUUGAACCGUUACGGCCCGAACGACUUCCUCGGCGAGGUCCUACUAGACCUAGACAACAUUGUGAUGAACCACGAACCCAAUUGGUACACGCUAAAGCCUCACGAAGAAACAUCUAGUUUUAGUCGUUACCGCGAAGAGGAGGCGGACGGCGAACAUCUGUCGCCGCCAUCCACGUCGACGUCCCGACUGUCGGACUCCGACACGCCCAGCGAGUGCGAUCUGCGCAGGCACCACUCGCUUUCCAGCCUCGCAUCUAGCUCCAGCCCGCCUCCUUCACACGAGCGGAUGGACACAGAUGGGGCACGAUGUAGCAGACGGGACAUGUCUCCGGCGGGACGGGUGCGGGCUGCCGGCAUGUCACGGGACAAUGGCAGAAGCGGCGGGUACAGCGUGGCGCGGUCGCAGUCGGCGGCGGCGGGCCGCAAGUCGCCGCGGCGCUCGCUGUCGCCGCCCGGGGACUACUCAGUGCACGCCGACCGAGGCGGCGGCGACGCGUCGCGGCUGCCGACUCACGCGUACGCACCACGCUUCCAGUCGCGGUCCGCCACGGCUACGCCGACCACCAGCCCUAAAAAACGACAACUACCGCAAAUACCACACCAGAGCGCCCAGAGGGCUGUGCGAGCGCAGGUCUCCGCGGACCUCGAGGAACGUAAGUGGAUCGGCCCGCACCACAUUGGCGCCACACUCACCUACCGCAGCACGCCACAAGGUUGGGAGCGGCACUACGCUGGGUUGUCGGACUCGGAGCUGGCGGGGCGCGGAGCGAGCGGGUGGGCGCCGCGGCGGCGGUUGUCCCCCGACGCGGCUGCCGCAGACUCCGACCUCGAGUCUGUCGCAUCCGUCACCUCCAGCGCCUUCAGCACGCAAUCUGAGCGCCCUCGGCCUACUCGUAUGCUCAGCAACGACUACGGUGGGCGUGAGAACGGACGGGGCAACAACCAGCCGCAACCUCUGGAGAGACGCGAGUCGCGGCGCAACCAAUUCACGCGGAGCCUUAGCAACGCUGAUGUACCCCCGGACGAGAAAGCAGAUGGUAGCCUGAGUGACACCGCACUGGGAGGCAACAUCGAGCUGGAGCCCGCCAGCGACGACGUGCUGCUCAAGGCGGAGCCCCGGGACUUCUUUGGCCCCGGCAUGGGCAAGAAGAGCAACUCUACUUCGCAACUGUCGGCUACAGGGAGGAAACGGAGGUUAGGGUUCGGUAAACGUGGGAAAAAUUCGUUUACGGUACAACGCAGCGAGGAGGUGGGUCCCGGCGAAAUGCGCGGCAUGACGGGCGGAGUGUCGCGGGCCUCCUCCGCCUCCAGCGAGAACGACGAGGACAGAUGGUCGCCCGGUGCAGUACGGGGGUCGGGCUCAUCGGAGGGCGGAGGCCUAUCGGACUUCAUCGACGGCCUGGGCCCCGGACAGCUGGUCGGCAGACAACUACUCGGCGCGCCCACCCUGGGUGACGUGCAACUCUCUAUGUGCUACCAAAAAGGAUUUCUUGAGGUGGAGGUGAUCCGCGCACGGGGCCUGCAGGCGCGGCAAGGCAGCCGCACUCUCCCGGCGCCCUACGUCAAGGUGUACCUGGUCAGCGGUAAGCGAUGCGUCGCCAAAGCUAAGACCAGCACCGCACGACGCACCCUCGAUCCGCUCUACCAGCAAACGCUCACCUUCCGAGAGAACUUCAAGGGCUGUAUCUUGCAAGUGACGGUGUGGGGCGACUACGGCCGCAUCGAGGGCAAGAAGGUGUUCAUGGGCGUGGCGCAGAUCAUGUUAGACGACCUCAAUCUCUCCAACAUCGUCAUUGGAUGGUACAAGCUCUUUGGAACCACUUCCUUGUAACCAAGGGUGCACUACCUGCUAAGCGUGUGGAGAACCUAUAUCAUCACAAUAAAAAAAUUAAAACUUGUCCAAAUAAUAAAUUUAGUGAUACUGCUUUAAUAUCAUGAUAAAACGCAAAAUAUCUUGAAUAUAGGAAAUUUUCUAUAAAACGAAAGGUAUAAAUAAUAAUAAUAAUUUGUAUUUUUAUUUUAUUUUGGAAUGCCUACCGGAGUUUUGAAUAGAUAGCAUUUUAUAGCAAUGAAACAAAAUGUAUAGUGUACUCAAUAAUAUAUAAUUAAGUAUUAAAAGCCAAAUGCAAAUUG